UACUCUCCUCUCCUCUCCUCUGCGCCCAUCCCAGCCUUCUUGUUAGGUGCAUGAUAGCUUAAACUCUGCCCAUAUCCCCAUUCCAAAAGCUUUUACCAUUUUUCAGUAAAGAGGAAAGAAGGUACAAUGGGAAAGGAAAAGCAAUUCGAGGGUUAGUGAUGGAUAAUGCUAGCUAGUGAAAGAUGUCAUCACUUUUUCCCUGAGGGCUUAUAAAUGGUCUCUUUAUUUCUUUUCCUUUUCCAGAGAGAGAGAGAGAGAGAGAGAGAGAGAGAGAGAGAGAGGGGAUGAAGCAGGUGGAAUAAGAGUCUGAAGUUGGAGCUUGAAAUAACCUCCCUUUCCUUUGAUUAUUAUACUCAAAUCUGUUGUACCUCUCAGCUUACUUCUUCUGAGAAGGAGAUCCAUGAUGGAGAACAUGUAGCAGCUCCUAAGAAAGGGAGGGGAGAGGCAAAGAAAGAAGAGAGACCUUUCGAAAGUUCCAUUCUUAUAUCAUCAUCCCACGUGCUCAUGGCAAUUCAUCUCUCUCAGGCGAAUAGUACAGGGAGGAGGAAGCAGCACUGUGGAGCUGCUGUUGCUUGUUUUGGUGCAUCGCCGUUGACCGAGCAAAGAUUAGGCUAAGCGUGAUAGAUUUCUGGCUUCAAGUAGAGGCUUCUUCUGCGUCCACUGUGUGUGUGAUUAGAACGCCUUGAUCUUGAUCGCUGCUUCAAGAGAAAUUGUUGGAAUAAUUCCCCCAAAAAGAUUCAGUAGUCGAUGGCGACCUACUUCCAUGGUGCCCCGGAGAUCCAGCCUGAUGGGCUGCAGACGCUCUACCUCAUGAACCCCAGCUACGUCGGCUACACGGACGCCGCCGCUCCGGCCAACAUGGUCUUUCUGAACUCGACCAUGAACUCGGUGAACUCGAUCAACCUCGCACAAACUGGCCAGCAGCAGCAUUUCGUCGGGAUCCCGCUCCAAUCGGCGGCUCAGCCGCAUGACUCCCACCGCUCGCAGCCGAUCCAUGCUUCCCAUGAUGUGCCGGCCGUACAAGGCCUGCUCCCCCGCUCCCAUUACAACCUUUGGACGACGGCGACAUCGAGCAACCCGGUGGACAUGGCGUCGCAAUUCGGUCCCUGGCGCACCUCCACCGCGCCGUCGGCGCAGCAAGGACUGUCCCUCAGCCUCUCUCCGCACGAGAUGGUGGCUCCAGCGCAGGAGAUAACUCCGGCCAGCGCCGCCAACGAGGUGAAGAUCGCGGCGUCGGCGUCCAUGGCUUCCGGUGCUGCUAAUGGCGGCUCGGGCCUGCAGAGCUUUCUGAUGGGAACCAAGUACCUGAAGGCAGCACAGCAACUGCUCGAUGAGGUGGUGAACGUGGGGAAGGGGGUUAAAGAUGAGGCUGCCAAGGGAGCUCCUUUGAAGAAUCCUGCCGACAGCAGCAACGUAGAGUUGAAAGAUCCCGGCGCCGGAACAUCCGAGGGCAACACGAGCGCAAAGCGAGGUGCAGAUCUAACGACGGCAGAGAGGCAGGAACUUCAGAUGAAGAAGGCCAAGCUCAUCAACAUGCUUGAGGAGGUGGAACAGAGGUACAGACAGUACCACCACCAAAUGCAAAUCGUGGUCUCUUCAUUCGAAGCUGUUGCGGGCUACGGAUCAGCAAGAACAUACACCGCGCUGGCCCUUCGGACGAUAUCAAAGCAAUUCCGGUGUCUCCGGGACGCUAUCACCGCCCAAAUUCGAGAAACCAGCAAAAGUCUGGGAGAGGAAGACUCCAAGUCGGGAGGCUCCAGGCUUCGGUUCAUCGAUCAUCAUCUGAGACAGCAGCGGGCACUCCAACAGCUCGGAAUGAUCCAGCAGAAUGCUUGGAGGCCUCAGAGAGGACUGCCGGAGCGCUCUGUUUCUAUUCUCCGAGCUUGGCUCUUCGAACACUUCCUCCACCCAUAUCCGAAGGAUUCAGACAAGCUCAUGCUUGCUAAGCAAACAGGGCUCACGAGGAGCCAGGUCUCCAAUUGGUUCAUAAACGCGAGAGUGAGGCUCUGGAAGCCGAUGGUGGAGGAGAUGUACUUGGAAGAGCUCAAAGACCAAGAACAGAACAAUUCCGAAGAGAACGCAAGCAAUGGCGACGCCAAUGGCAGCUCCACAUCCAAGUCCAACGCUCAACAAGAAGGCAGCCCGACAGGGACGGCGCCCUCCGAGAGCCUCAAGAUUGAUCCGAAUCAAACCUUGGCAGCGGUGCAGCCGUCAUCCUUCGCGCACGGCCAAAGCCCAGCGUUCCACGACAAGGACGCGAUCGAACAACCGUCGUUCAAGAAGGCCAAGAGGCACGUGAAUUCCGUGGCACACUCCAUCGGGAUCGAAGUGAAGCCGGACGAGACGAACAACCAAGACAUCUUGAUGAAACUCAUCGACGGAAGACACAGGGGAGGGGAACAAGGGUACCCGCUGAUACCAGGCAACACCAGCCAUGGCGGCAGCUACGGGGCGUAUCCCAUCGGAGGGGAGCUCGGAAGGUUCGACGCAGAGCAAUUCGCUCCGAGGUUCUCCGGCAACGGCGUCUCCCUCACUCUCGGGCUUCAACACAGCGAGAGUCUUCCCCUAUCAGGAGCACAACCAUCGUUUCUAUCCAGCGAGAGCAUGCAGAUGGGGAGGAGGGUGGAGAUGAACACCGAAGCCGGUGACUACUGCAGCCUCAACAACAAUGCAGCGGUGGCGCAUUCUUCCAAUGCAGCAGCGUUCAGGGCAGAGAGAGGUUUUCUGCUCAACUACUACCAGAACUCAUAGGCUGAUUAGUGCAUCUCUCUCUCUCUCUCUCUCUCUCUCUCUCUCUCUCUCUCUCUCUAUAGUGGAUUUGGAUGUUGUAAUAUGUUGCCUGUAAAGUAGUGGUUAGCGAGUUAUGGGGGAAGAGAGAUGUAGCUCUCUUCAUGCCAUCUCUACAACUCAAAUGGGAGUGCUUAUAGGAGUGAAGUGGUAGAGUAUAGAAGAGAAGUAUCAGAUUACAGGGUCUUAUAUACUUCAUAGAAUCAUAAGAUUGGGGUAUGCUGAAGCUUAAUUAGUGCAUGAAGUUUAGGAAUGAUAAUGUAUUACUCAUUUGAGACUUUAGAUAACAAUCAUCCAUAUGGAAGAUUUUAAUACAAAUACAUGUUGUAUCUGUGAAUCUA